UGAAAAUCUUGAUGCAGUAACGAAGACUCUACCGCCAACACAUUUUCAUGUUCAAAAUUGGGUUAUGGAUGCAUGUCAUUCAAGAAUUGAAACAAGGUGUCCAACUGAAGAAGAUUAAGUUGGACUUUCAUCCUGUAAAGUAUGACUUGACUCCAUUUGAUAUGUUGCUGGAAGACAUACGAACUCAGCGGUACAAGCUAAAGGAAGUCAGGGUAAAUGAAAAAACUAUUCAAAGUGUGAAAAAAGAUCCUCAUGAUUUAAUACUUGAACUCAUCCGUUCCAAACCACCAUUAAAAUCUGUGAGUACUCACUAUGUUUAA